CGAAAUGCAGGCCAGUGUGAACACGUUCGAUGCGUUUUGGCGGCGGUGGGCGAGCAUAUAAAACGGCAGUGUUUUUCGGAUUGGCGAGCAAUCAAUCAGCUACGGACGCCGGGCGCUGAAAAAGUAGAGAACACAGACGCACAACUCAACACGAUGUGGAUCCCGAAUGAACGCACUAUCUGCGCACUGAUGCCGCUGGUGAUUUUUGCGACCUGGCAGCUGUGCCUUGUUCCCGGGACGAAUGCCAAGCACUUGGCCGUCAGAUUGCGCGACCCCCAAACCAAAAUCGAAUCGGAAACGGUGCCCCUAUCUCCUGACCACAGCCACACAGACGAGAGUGGCGUUCGCGGUGCCGCACGCGAUGCAGUGCAUCGUCGGAAGCGGCGGCAACUCUCCGAUUGGCUGAUUGCGCCCAACACGCGGUGGUGCGGACGCGGCAACCUGGCCAAUGGAACGUACAACGAUCUGGGCGGCGCUUCCAAGGCGGACAAGUGCUGCCGGAAGCAUGACCACUGCAAGAUGUGGAUCGAUGGGAUGUCCAAUCGCUAUGAUCUCUUCAACUACCGCCCAUACACUCUGUCCCACUGCAGCUGUGACUUGCGGUUCCGCACGUGCCUGAAGAUGGCCGGCGACGAGGAUGCGAACGCCAUCGGAAAGCUAUUCUUCAAUGUCGUGCAGACGCAGUGCUUCGGCUUGAAGUCUGAGACCGUGUGCGUCCAGCGGGCAGGUUCUGGAAAGGAUGUCGAUCCCUGCGUCAAGGAGGAGGUGCGUCAAAAGGCCUUCCUGCGCGACAACAAGCGGUUUUAAGAGUCCUAGUUAGCUCACGACGACGGGCAGGAAUUUGAGUAACCAAAGUAGCCUGCCCGCAAAAGGAGCUAACCAAACAAGCCGCCACAAGGUGCUGCAAUUGAGUUUGAAACUUAAUGGGAAAGCGUGGCAAAACACCAUCAUUAUCCGUACUUAGAUGAAUGAAUUAUGAGAGGAGGCGAGACAGCCAGAGACACCCGUCUGUAUUAAGCUAUAAACCAACAUAUCUAUAUGACUGUCAAGUGCUAUUAUAAUGCGUAGUAGUCGAUACGAUGUACUAACACACCUAGUAGUAGUCACUCAAUCUAGUUUAAGCCGACGAAUCAAAAACAGGCUGCCAGAAAACGAAGUUUUUAACUAACUAGCCGUAGACCCCGUACGUAAUUAGUUGUAGACGUAGUAACUUAAUAAAUGGAAUUUCCAAAGAGUAAAGAAAACCAUAAA